CAUAUAUCUAUGUAUCAUUCUGUACAUCAUAUCCAUAUAUCCACAUACCAAGUACAUAUAUAUCAAUACAUGUAUCUAUAUAUUGUAAAAUAUCACCAUAUCCAUUUAUCUGUGGCUCCAUCCUGCACUGUGCAGACACACAUACAGUACGUGAUGGCACAGUGGCUGGCACUCAGUAACAGGAACCUGCCAACUAGAAGGGAGAUGGGGUGUGUGGUCCCCCAAUCUGUCUUCACUCCCCCAAGGCAAGGGAUGGUAUGUAUAUGCUUUGGAAAAUCAGCACCCUGAGCUCUGGACCCUUGCCGCUGGGACCCUCUCACCUCACUCCAUGUGCUCUGCAAGGCUCCUUGGAUGAUGGUACGCUGAGAGGCACCCCAUGGCAUCUCCUGAUGAAGAUGGGCGGCCCUUGCUGCCCAACCCCUGGGACGCCAUCCUUGAGGCCGCCAGGCAUCAGCUCCCAUCUCUGGACUCAGAUUCCUCCUCGUCAGACCGCGAGGACGAGGAGCUGUUCAUCUUCCAGCGAAAUGAAACCACCCUGAUUCCAGACUUGUCAGAGGAACUGGCCGACGACCCUGCUGAGGCCUGGGUGACUUCCUCUGAGUCUCCUCCUGAGCUAGCUGCGGUGCCAGUAGAAUCUGCCGUGGAGCCCUGGGGCGAGUGGAAUGCGUGGCCCCAGCCCCAGGAGUCGGCCCCUCUGGAAGGAAGGGCCCUCGGCAAGAGCAGCUCUCUUCUCAGGAUGUCUGCAAAGAGCCCCCCACGGCAGGAUGAUGAUGCGAGUGGGACCCUCAACACCAGUGCGUCACAGAGUCCUCGCCAGGGGCCUCAGGGAGAGGCCACCCGCUCUGCUCAGGAAGCAGGCCUGCAGAUAGAGCCCCCGGGCGCAGCCUCAGAGGCCCAGGAAGGCUCGGACGCAGCCAGCCACAGAGGCCUGCGGAGGGAGAGGAGGAAGAUGAUUGAGAAAGACAUCCUCCACAAAGUCACCUGGGACAGCCAGGACGCAGCCUGCCCUGACGCGAGCCGAGGGAAGGAGAAGGCCUGCGAUGCUGUGGAGGUGCCUUCAGAGGGCCCCCCGGGGUGUGUGCCCGUGCUUUCCCUCCAGGAACUUGAAGAGUGGGAUUUGGAUCAAGUCCUUCUGAGUCUGACUGGGCGAGAAGAGGACCGGGGAGAUGGUGCUCCUGGAGCUGCGUGGUGGGCGGCUGACCACCUCCAGGGCCAAGACCACACCGAGCCCAGCACCCAGGACCGGCUCAUGGAACGUCUGAGCCUCCUGUGUGCCAGGCAGUCCACAGCCGCCGCCUCUGCUUGGAGAGUGCCUGCUGAUAUGCCCCGGGGAGCCCGGCCACGGCAAGCCGGAAGCAGAUGUGCUUCCAGGGAGCUGGGCUUCCAGGCGCUGGCCCAGGACAUGCGGGUGAGGAACCCGGCGGAGCCUCCCACCAUAUUUAUUGACCUGCGGCCGACAAAGACAUUGGACCAGGGGCCCUUGGAGAGCUCCAGCUCCUACUCCAGCUCCUCUGACAGCGAGGAGGCGGAAGAGACAGCAGCUCGGAGAGACCCACAGGGCCCAGCCAGGCUACGAGACUGCACGGGGAAGAGUCGGCUCCUCCAGCAGCUCAGGGCAUCUCAGGAGGCGUCGGCUCGGCCUCAGCUGCCUACUGGCGAGAGUCCUGUCAGUCAGAAGGCUCAGGCCCCUGGAGAUCCGGCCGGGUCCAGCCCUGGGGUGAAGCAACACGUAACGCUCUGGGCCGAGAGGGGCACACAGGCCAGACCCGCAGGGGGAUGUCCCAGCGACAGCCCGGGAGGCCCGGUGCCUCCUCAGGGUCAACUGCAGAUGCCUCAGGUCUGAGGAGGUAAGCAGGUGAUCUGACUUGCCUUCGACACCAACACCGAGGCACUGAUGGUCCCCUCACUCUCCCGUUUCCAUCUGCAACACAGGGACCCCCUCAGCUGGGGCUCUGCUGCCAGGGCUCUGCUGCCAGCCCUCUGCUGGAAAUCAGUCAGAACAUCUUCCCACACUCAUAGCAAGGACACCAGGGCGGACCUGUACAUAAAGCAGACACGCCACACGGCCCCACAACCUCCAAAAGCGGCCAGAGGAAACCACAGAGACAAUGAAUUUGUUCUGACGGUGGGACUAGGGCUCUUUUCCAGCUUUUUCCAUUUCUGCAUUUUUUUCCUCUUUAACGUGCAUCUAUUGAUUUCCAUCAUACAAGGUUUUUUUUUGGUUUGUUUUUCUUGUAACUACAAAGCUUAAGUAAAACUUCUUUAGAGAAUUUCAGGGCUGAAAAGGUCUGGAAAAACUUA